AAGAGCACAAAGGUGACCUGAAAUUUUGAGCUUUUUAAUUUGCGUUACCUUUUCUCAAAUGUUUGAGUCCUGAUGACUUCAUUUGUACAGUAGACAGACACAUUGAAAUUCUAGGGACUGAAAAAUACACUUGUACUUUGUCAUGCUGCAACCAAGUCAAUGUUACAUCCACUGCAGGUGUCCCAAUGUAAAGCCAAAAUCUUGUUUUUGUUCAGGGUAGGUUUUUCUACAACCAACUUUGAGCAUUAAUAUUAUGGGAUAUAUCAUAUUUGAACAAUUAUUCAAACAUAUCAAGAUCAAUUCAGUUUGAUUUAUAGAGCACUAAUUUACAACUCUCAGGACACUUCCUAAAUUAAGGUCAAUAUUAUAAGGAUAUAAUAUUGCAUUUUAGAGAGAAAUCUAACAAAUCCAGUGUUAGGAAGAUAAACGUCUUUAUUUGUACAUUUGAUUCUUUAGUAUUUUGGAAGACAGUCUCUGUAGUCCCUCUCUUCUUUUGCUGCAGUCAUCAGCGAUGUUGUGUUCGUACUUUCUGCUGGCGGUGCUGACUGGGUGCGUACAUUCAGUCUCAGGGUACAGUAAUGGGAAAGUGAGUGUUGGUUGUGGAGGUAUGAUACCUCAGCACGGUUAUGAACCCAGCCUAGACCCUCCUCCAUACGACCUCUCUGUGGAUACAUCCACAUUCAGUUCAGGAGACCGCAUUAUAGUGUCUUUACAAGUGGCCUCCUCUAACCCCACAUUCUUCAUGGGGUUCCUGAUAGAAGCUCGGGACGCUAGGAAAUUAAACUCCCCAGCAGUGGGAUUCUUUACCCUGACUGACCCUCAUGAGUCUCAACUUCUACAGUGUGGACACACUCAGGGGUCUGCAGUGAGCCACAGGAGAAGUUCAAGAAAAACUCACAUUCAGGUUAUGUGGCACGCUCCAAAAAACCCUCCAUCAAGAGUUCAGUUCCUGGUGACAGUGGUGCAGCAGUACGAGAUGUACUGGGUGAGGACUGCAGGUCCAGUUGUAUUUCUGAGAGGAGUGACGGCUGCUCCAUCCACCGCUGUUCCUGCUCAAACCACCAGCCCCACUGCUUUGUCUACACCGUUCACUUCAGUGGGGUGUGGCCACAAUAAAUCUUGCCUCAGAGACCCGGUGAGCUGUCAACCCGAGUCAGAUCCAUACUGUUUCUUCCUGUCAUUCACUACUGAUGGCUUGGGCAGAAAUGUGAUGUUUGAACUCAGUGGGCCUGCUGAAGGUUAUGUGUCCUUUGCUCUGUCUCUUGACCAGUGGAUGGGGAAUGAUGAUGUCUAUCUUUGUGUGAAUAAUGGAGAUCGAGUUAGCAUCAAUGCUGCAUAUAUCUCUGGACGAACACCACCUGAGUUGACAACAGAGGAGACUCUGUGGGGUAAGGCCUGGAGGCUGGCUGAUGGGGUCAUCCAGUGCCGUUUCCACAGAAACAGCUUCCAACCUAACAGGUUCAACUUCAACCAGAGCUACUUUCUCUUCCUUGCACAUGGUAGCUCUCGCCAAGGUGUAAUCCACAGACACGAUCGGCAACCUCUUAUCUCCAGCAGUCAGAAGGUGAUUGCUGGGCAUCCGGAGGAUCUCUGUGGUUCCCGGUCUCCUCUGCUUAUCAAGUUUCAUGGUGUGUUGAUGCUGACUGCUUGGAUGUGGACAACGAGCACAGCCAUCUUCAUCGCUCGUCAUUACAAACACUUGUGGCCUGACACAACUCUGCUGGGACAAAGCCUCUGGUUUCAGCUCCAUCGAACCAUGAUGGUCUUGGCUGCUGGCAUAACUGUUUUGGCUUUCACGCUGCCUUUUAUAUACAUGAGGAGAUGGAGCAACCGUUCAGGUUCUCACCCUUACAUAGGCUGUGCUGUCAUGACUCUGUCUGUCAUCCAACCAAUUAUGGCAAUUCUUAGACCAGCUCGAGAGUCCCCCAGAAGAAUCAUCUUCAAGUGGAUCCACUUUGGAGGAGGCACUGUUGGUCAGAUACUUGCUGCAGUGUGUGUGUUUCAGGGUCCGGGUCAGCAGGCACUGCUGUUGCCCAGCCCUUGGUCUCCUGCAGUGCUCACUGGAUGGAUGCUGUGGAUCUUGCUGGCAGACCUGCUGCUACUAAUCCAUUCCUGCAAAUUCAGAGAUAGAGGUACUACAGGAAACAACGAGGACAAAGAAAGCACUUCGUUUGCUCAGUUAGAGGAGCAGCAGCAUGGAAAGAUUUCCAAAGUCAAGAAAAUGGUGCUACUGGUGUUUCUGACAGGAAAUACAGGGUUCCUGGCUGCAUUUAUAAAUGCCAUUGCAAGUUUAUAGUUCACAAGUUCAGUUUUCACCAGUGAUAGAAUGUCCUUGUUUUAUAUAUACAGUGUCUAAUUUCUGUUGUUUAGGAAUAGGUUUUCCUGUCAUAUAACUGUCAUAUUAUUUAAGUGCAAAUUGUUAAUUUUACUAUUAAAUGAAGGAAUCUCUGUCUGUGUAGCCCCUAUAAGACACACACUUCUUUCUAUUAUAUCUGUCAGCAUUUUAAAAAAAAAAACAAUCUUUAAAACAAAUCUACCCACAGGUAUAAAUAAAGUAGCCUUGAACCUUGAGCAUCUGAACGUGUUCCAAUGAGAAUCUUACUAUGCCAAACCUAGUAACAUUGCUGUAUCACCUUAAACACCACACAAGUAUGAACUGCAUGCAGACUAAUGCAAGACACAGGUUGCAGCCAGAUUCUUCUAAAACUGUUCUUUUUUUCAUUUCAUUUAUUUAUUUUUAGAAUGGGACAGUUCGUAUUAACGUACAUUUUCAUGUAAAGAUGAGAGAUUGCAGCCAUGCGGCUAAUUUCCAUCUCAAGUCCCAUUGGCAGAUCAAAGAUAGAAUAACAUAAAACCAUAACUAAACAAAUAACAUAAAACCCUAACUUUUCCCUGCAAUUUCACAUCUAUUACAAAUUUAUAAUGUCCAAAAAAGUAAAAUUUAACUAUGAUUCAGUUUGUAACAGGUUGGAUUAUUGAGACAAAUCAAUAAUGAAUAAGGUUCUGACAAAACAUUAACAGGAACAGGAAGUUCAGUUUGUUGUUUCCAAAUGUUUGCACAAGUUUGUCUUUUGAGUUUCUAGUAUACACUACUGGUCAAAAGUUUUAGAACACCCCAGUUUUUCCAGUUUUUUAUUGGAAAUUAUGCAUGUUAACUGCAAAUGAAAGCAUAGAACAAAUAAACAAAUGAAAAAAAAAUCAAUUUAGAAACCAAUAUGUAUUCUAAACUUUUGACUCAUCAAAGUAGCCACCUUUGACGGAUAUAACAGCUGAACACACCAUUCUUCCAUUCUUUCUACAAUGGAAGUCAAAUAUUCUUCAGAAAGUUCUUCCCAACUCUGAAGCAGAAGUUUCCAUAAAUGUGUGGUUCUUGUAGGUUCUUUGCUUUCACUCUUCUGUCCAGUUCAUCCAGACCAGCUCCAUGGGUUUAAGUCUGGAGACUGUGCUGCCACCAGGGUCGGCAUCAUGGGGGGUCAUUCGCAGGCCAUGCCCCCCCAAAUGAGUUAUUGUGUCCCCCUCCACUCACCAACAAGCAGGCCAAGCCUUUGUGCCAAAUUUUGUUUUCAACUGAUUACUUAUAUUUAUAUUAUUGAACGUGAAAUCAUCCUUUGUAAACUACAUUAAAAAAUAAAAUAAUAAAAAAUGCACAUUUGUUCAUUAUAUUUGCAUCAUUUGUGUAUAUUUGCGUCAGA